UAUCAUUUUUUUCAAGCUUUUUUUCCUUUUAAACAUGGCCAACAAAUAUGAUAUGUUGCAGGCUGUUAGUGCUAAAAAAUUGGAUUGGUCAUUUAAUGUAUGGGUGGCUAGACUCUGGGUUGUUCCUCAAAGAGAAGAUCAAAAUUCAAUUUCCACUAUAGAGAUGGUCCUAUGUGAUUAUGAGGGUAACAGGAUACAAGCUUCAGUACCCAGGUCAUUAUCAAAAGAUUUCAUCUAUGUCAUUAAGGAGGGUGAAAUGUAUUGCAUGAAGAAUUUUAUCGUCGGUUGUAAUAACCUUUGGAUUAAGAGUACACAACACUCACAUAGAUUAAUAUUUCUCCAAAGGACCACAGUUAUGCAUGUCUUUGAACCGACCUUCCCUUUUAAGCAAUUUGAUUUUACAUCAAUUGGCCAAAUUUGUGAAGCCGACAUAAUUCAUGAAAAUCAACUCAUUGAUGUUAUUGCUGAGGUAAUUGGCAAAGAAACCCCAAGAGAAUUAAUGACAAAAAAUGGAAAGGAUAGCAAGCGCUUGGUCCUACUGUUGGAAGACAUAGAUAAAAAUACUAUCAGUUGCACUUUAUUUGGUGAAUUAGUUGACCGUAUUUCUCCUUUUCUUGAACGAGAAUCUUCUGAACCUCUAAUUGUAGUUUUCCAAUUGUUUCGACCUCGCAUUUACAAAGGCAACCGGAGUAUUCAAAGUUCAUUUUAUGCAUCUAACAUACAUAUCAAUCCUCCAAUAUUGGAGGUUAAUGAGUUCAAAAAGAAAUUACUUGCUUUUGGGUCAUCUGAAUCGCAAAGAAUCAGUCACAUAUCCUCUCGAGUUUACCACUCGCCAAUUGAAGAGCUUAGCAAAAGAUUGGUCCCUGUAAAGAGAAUCGAGGAUGUCCUGAAUUCUACAGAUGGAGGUGUAUUAUGGAUUCUUGGUUCAAUUGUUGCAUUGGAUGUUGGCAAGGAUGAUUGGUUUUACGCUGCUUGCAUAGUGUGCCAGAAAAAAGCUAAACCAAUAGGAGAUCACUUUAGUUGUGAUUUUUGUGUGAAGGAAGGAGUACCUGUAUCUUUGAGAUAUAGGCUAAAAGCAUAUGUUACCGAUGGCAGUGGUAGCCUAUGCGUUGUUAUUUGGGAGAAUGAGGCCAAAUCAAUAGUUGGAAUGGAAGCCAAAACUGUUAGAGCUAAAUGCCAGGAAGAUAACUCCAAUAACUAUCCCAGCGACCUUGAUGUAAUAUUGGACAAGAAGAUGUUGUUCAAGAUCAAUAUUAAAGCUAACAAUAUCACUGGAACUGAUGUGGUUUAUAAUGUUACAAGGAUCUGUGAUGACCAUGAUACUAUAAAAAAGUUUACUCAUGAGCUUGAUGAAGAUUCUGGAUCUGAGUCAGUGAAUGAAACCAUUACCAUCAAUAGCCUUAGGUCAUCAAAUAAGAGACUUUCAAGUGAGAUUAUACAACAAGUUGCUGUUGAUCUUGACAAAGACAGAUACCCGCAAGCAUCGGCUACAAAAGUGUUAAAGAGGAAGGAUAAGAAAAUUAAGGACUAA